AUGACAGAUACAAUUGUCACCCUGUAUCCUGAAAGGUGGGACAAGGGGAACGAGCAGCAACUUCAUCGUCAUAUUCUCGACAGCGUCAGCGAGGAGAGGAACAUACACGAAUCCUUCCACGGCCUUAGAGGUGAUCAAAACUUGGAAAUGGAUCUUGUGUGCAAGGCUAUUUUGAAGGCAUGCAUGUCUUUUGAGGCCAAGGCCCUUAUCCCAUUCGUCAACCCAGAUGCCUCACCACCCGGACAAGUCAGAAAAGUUCCUAUCCCAUAUACAAAGGCCUUUUCAGCCUCAAUUGCUCGACUGUACUUCCAAGUCACGCAACGCUUCAACAAACUGAAGACGGGAAUGGGAUCCAUCAGCAAGGACCCCAACAAGUUUUACCGAGACACGCAAAGGGAAACCGCCAUCCUGAUCAACAUUGACGACACUAUCGGUGAGAUUGGGAUGAUCAAACGGGUCUUGUGGAACCAAGCACAGGUCUACGAGCGGUUCCAAAGCGAGGUUCAUGGAAACACUGCCAAUGUAGCAAAACCAUACAAGGGAGAGACCUUGGAACGGUUCGAGGUCCUCGAAACAGAAGCGGAACGCGUUCGAUCGAUGGUCACCACCCUGUUAGAUCUGCGCCAACGAGAAGCAACGCUUGAAGAUGCUCUUUCUAUGGGUGAACAGUCCACGAUGUUGUUCGUCUUUACUGCAGUCACAGUCUUGUUUGCGCCUUUAUCCUUUAUCGUCGGACUACUUGCCUUGAGUAUCGACGGAAUCCCAGAAACAUGGCAGCGGUCUCCCCUCGCGGAAGUUUUUGGUCUCUCAACUUUAGCCACAGGGGCUCUGUGCGUCCUUCUAUGGUCCGUCUUCAAGUUCUACCAGCAUAUGACGCUCUCUCACACCCGCCGUCGAACUCGACAUCGGCAUUAUCGACGUGCGCAUGGCCUUGAUGAUGACCCGGACUUCAACCUCGAUCUCGACCUCGACUUUGACCUUGACUUAGGGCCGGGACGGGGUAGUCGUUGCCCAUGGUGGGACCGUAUGGGACUCACCUUCUUGACGAGAUGGCUUGGGGAUCCACAUGCUAUCCCAUUGUCGGGCCAGGCGCCGUCUGAUACUGCUGGCUAUGAGAAGAGGUUGGCCGAAGACCAUAGAGGUUCUUGGAACAGGAAAAGGAGCUCAACGGCCCCUGGGCAUGAACACGGAGAAUUCGCUUAUGAGGACAAUCGCAAUAUGUCGAGGGAUGGGCGAACGACUCUAGAGCGCACCACCGGUUUGCCGCUCUACAGUCGCAGACAGAAAGCCCGAGGAAAGUCUGGUGACGGCAGUUGUAAAGGUGGCCAUGGACAAGAGGAGGCAAGCGGAGGAGGGGAUACCGGCACCCAAGUCGACGGGAACUUGAGAGGCGGAAGAAGAAGUCGGGGAAUGAGUGGAGGGACAAGUGUAGGGCCAAGCCUCUCCUCAUUGUCCAUCACGUCCUCCAAUUGGGCCUUUGCGUCGUGGAACAGAAGGCAGAGAACGGCAGGAGGAGCGCUGGGGGGUAGAGAGGACAGAGAGCUUGGUGUCUUUCAUGUAUAA